AUGUCAGACAUCCGACCCUUAACACCUACCGCAACCGAUAAGUCCAAAGCGGAGCCUCCUGCUCCUAUCGCAGAAGAUGCAGUUUUCGGCGAGAUCAUUGAAGAUGGUUCCAACUACAGAAAUGUCGGAUGGCUCGGGACUGUGGCUCUUAUGAUCAAGACCCAGUUUGGCCUCGGGGUCCUUGGCAUCCCACAGGUCUACGACACUCUCGGCCUCAUCCCUGGGGUCAUAUGUGUUUGUGCGAUUGCGGCCAUUACAACAUGGUCGGACUAUGUUAUCGGCACGUUCAAACUCCGCCAUCCAGAGGUCUACGCCAUUGACGAUGCAGGGGAGUUGAUCUUUGGUCGGCUCGGGCUACAAGACUGGAUCUUCUGUACGGGCUCCGGUCUACUAAGCACGUCCAUUGGGCUCAAUGCGGUCUCAGCUCAUGGCACAUGCACGGCGGUCUUUGUUGCUGUGUCUGCGAUUAGUGCGUACUGUUUGGCAAGUAUUCGGACGCUGGGAAGGAUCAAAUGGACUGCAUGGGCGGGGGCGGGGAGUAUUCUUACUGCUGUCUUGAUGGUCACGAUCGCAGUUGCACUUCAAGACAGGCCCUCGACGGCUCCUCAAACGGGCGCGUGGAAGUCGGACUACAAGCUCGUCGGCCGUCCAUCUUUUGUCAAAGCCAUAACUGCUGUCUCUUCCGUGGUAUAUGCCUUUGCCGGUACUCCCGGAUUCUUCCCUAUAGCAGCAGAGAUGCGCAAUCCUGCCCUCUACACCAGAGCCCUUCUCAUUUGUCAGACCGCCGUGACGGCGACAUACAUUUCCAUCGGGACAGUGAUCUACUAUUUCUGCGGCUCCUACGUCGCAUCGCCUGCUCUCGGAUCUGCCGGAACCUUGAUCAAGAAAGUCUCCUAUGGCAUCGCUCUUCCCGGCUUAAUCGCCAGUACGAUUAUUGUCUGCCACUUUUCUAGCAAGUACCUGUUCGUUCGCAUCCUCCGAGGCUCCAGCCAUCUGACCGCAAACACAUUCACCCACUGGGCUACCUGGCUCAGCUGCACUUUGGCCGUCACGGUCUCUUCGUACCUCAUCGCCAGCGGGAUUCCCAUCUUUAGUGACCUAGUGUCCUUGAUCGGCGCUCUCCUCGGGACACUUAUGUCCUUCCAGCCAAUGGGAUGCAUGUGGCUGUAUGACAAUUGGACGCGGGGUCGCGAGCAGCCAACCCUCCGAUGGGCGCUGUUGUCUCUGUGGAGCAUGCUGGUGAUUGUUUUGGGGACGUUUCUCAUGGUUGCGGGCACCUAUGGAUCGAUCGAGAAUAUCAUCGCGACGUCUCGGCAGAAAGAGUCGGGGGGGUCGGCCUGGUCGUGUGCUGACAACUCGAGCUCAUGA